AUGGAGCCCUCGGGGCUGGAGCAGGAGGGCGCGGGCCAGACCCACCCGCCCCACGAGCCCAUCAGCUUCGGCAUCGACCAGAUCCUGAGCAGCCCGGAGCCGGGCAGCUGCUUGGGGCCGGCCCGCCCGGCGGGGGAGCCGGACUACGCGCUCUACGGGAGCGGCUGCGGCGGCGCCUACAACCCCGCCUGCUCACUGGGCUCCCACAGCCUCAGCCGGAGCAUGAGCGUGGCCCCGGGGGGCCCCGCGGGAGGGGUGAUCCGGGUGCCGGCGCACAGACCCCUGCCUCCCCCCGCGCCGGCAGCGCCCGCAGCUCCCCCGCAGCCGGGGGUCCCCGGCCUCCCCAGCCUCACCUUCCCCUGGAUGGAGAGCAGCAGGCGGCUCGCCAAAGACCGGCUUUCAGCUGCCCUGUCCCCGUUCGCGGUGACGCGGCGCAUUGGGCACCCCUACCAGAACCGCACCCCCCCCAAGAGGAAGAAGCCACGCACCUCCUUCAGCCGACUGCAGAUCUGUGAGCUGGAGAAGCGCUUCCACCGGCAGAAGUACCUGGCCUCAGCUGAGCGGGCCACCCUGGCCAAGGCCCUCAAGAUGACGGACGCCCAGGUGAAGACCUGGUUCCAGAACCGCCGCACCAAAUGGAGGAGACAGACGGCCGAGGAGCGGGAGGCCGAGCGCCAGCAGGCCAGCCGGCUGAUGUUGCACCUGCAGCAGGAGGCCUUCCAGAAGAGCCUGAGCCAGCCGCUGCCGCAGGACCCGCUCUGCAUGCACAACUCCUCCCUCUGCGCCCUGCAGAACCUGCAGCCCUGGGCCGAGGACAGGAAGGUCACGUCCGUCUCAGGGGUGGCAUCUGUGGUGUGAGCCCCCCUGGCGCAGGGGGAGAGACCUGUCUGCAUGUUCCCACGAGGCUGCGGGGUGGCAGGGGCUGAGGCCGGACCCUCCAUGCCUGCUGCAGAGGCAGACUCCUGGGGCCUAGGGACCAUGAUGCUGGUGCCCUCCCGGCUGUGCCUGCCCUGGCUGGGGUCUGCCCUGCCUCAGUACCCUGGGGGAGCAAGGAGCCCCAGACACCCCCCACACCCUGGCAGGCCAGGCCCCGCUGACUGACUCAAAGGCUCUGCCUACACCUGACGUACUAGUGACCUGUACUGCCA